GAUCGCCAUGUUCGUACCGGCUCAAAGCCAAAUGAAUUUUUAUUGCGACAGCUUCACAGGAAGUCAAUGGAGUCACAGUCCAAAGUGUUCCGGGUGUGUCGGGUUUUGGAUCGAGCCAAUGUUUUGACAAGAUGGGCGACGAGCACUACUUGGAGCUUUGCGACAAUCUCGUACAAUUUGAAAACGCUUCGAGCGUCAACAAUGUUUUCUUCGACGAAGCCAACAAGCAGGUGUUCGCGGUGCGUUCAGGGGGCGCCACGGGGGUGGUCGUCAAAGGUCCGGACGACAAGAGUUCUGUCGCCUUCAGAAUGGAGGAUAAAGGAGAAGUCAAGUGUAUCAAGUUCUCCAUUGGGAACAAAAUUCUGGCCGUGCAGAGAACGUCAAAGUCGGUGGACUUCAUCAACUUCAUCCCCGACUACCCGCACACGGAGUUCACGCACGAGUGCAAGAUGAGGAACGCCAACCUGCUGGGCUUCUGCUGGACCAACUGGAACGAGAUCGUCUUCGUCAGCGACCAGGGCGUGGAGCUCUACCAGGUGUUUCCGGACAAACGUGCCGUCAAACUGCUCAAGAGUCACAGCCUCAACGUCAACUGGUACCAGUACUGUCCCGACACGGCCGUCGUGCUGCUGUCCACCACCGUGCAGGCCAACGUCCUGCAGCCCUUCGCCUUCCGGAGCGGGAGCGUCUCCAAGAUGUCCAAGUUCGAGAUUGAGUUGCCCGUCGUCCCGAAACCGGCCAAACUGAGCCUGUCGGAGAGAGACGUCGCCAUGGCGACCAUUUAUGGUCAGUUGUACGUGAUGUACCUGAAGCAUCACUCCAGGAGCGCCAACAGUCCCGGCGCCGAGGUGGUGCUGUACCACUUGCCCAGGGACGGAGUGUGCAAGAAGACGCACGUCUUGAAAUUGAACACGACGGGAAAGUUUGCGCUCAACAUUGUCGACAACCUGGUGGUGGUCCAUCAUCAGAGCUCCCAGACGUCGCUGAUGUUCGACAUCAAGUUGAAGGAGUCGGACGGCGCCGUCAGCACGCAUCAGCCCGUACUGCCCGCUCGCUCCAUCCGGCCGUUCGACAUCACGCGCUCAGGUCCGGCGGCGGUCGCGGCGCAACUUCCUGUCCCGUGUCAGCUGUACUCUUCCUCCUGGAGCGUCUUCCAGCCCGACAUCAUCAUCAGCGCCAGCGAAGGCUACUUGUGGUAUCUUCGGGUCAAGUUAAGUCCCACAGUCAAGCUUCUGCACGACAAGGGCAAACUGAUGGACUUCCUGUUACGGCGCAGCGACUGCAAGAUGGUCAUCCUGUCCGUCUGCUCGCAGCUGGUGGAAGGCGAGCGGCGAGGAAGCCUCCCCGUGGUGGCGAGCGUCUUCGACAAACUCAAUCAGGUGUACAAAGACUUCCUGGAGGCGGAGCAAAACUACAACUCGGCCGCGGAGGCGGGUCCCGCGCGAGGCGGCGGCGCCGCCGCUCACAAGCGACCCAUCAGAAGCCAGGCGGUGAUCGACCAGUCCGACAUGUACACGCACGUCCUGUCGCCGUUCACCGAGAGGAAGGACGCCUCCCACAAGUUGACCAUCGCCGUGUUGAUGGAGUACAUCCGCUCGCUCAACCACUUCCAGAUCGGCGUGCAGCAUUACUUGUACGAGCUGGUGAUCAAGACGCUGGUGCGGCACGACCUCUUCUACACGUUGCACCAGUUCCUGCAGUAUCACGUCCUCACCGACUCCAAACCGCUCGCGUGUUUGCUGCUGUCCCUGGAGAGCACCUACCCCCCCGCCCACCAGCUGUCUCUGGACAUGUUGAAGCGUCUGUCCACGGCCAACGACGAGAUCGUGGAGGUCCUGCUGUCCAAGCGGCAGGUGCUGGGGGCGCUCCGCUUCAUCCGCAGCGUGGGCGCCCACGACAACGUCUCCGCCAGGAAGUUUCUGGACGCGGCUCGUCAGACGGGAGACCGGAUGUUGUUCUUCACCGUCUUCAGGUUCUUCCAGCAGAGGAACCAACGCCUCAGGGGGAACCCGGCGUUCAACCCCGGAGAGCACUGCGAGGAUCACGUGCUUCACUUCACGCGCGCGUUCGGCGAGCAGGCGCCGAUGAAGGCGGCCACCGCCUGACCGCCGUCCGUCGCCGUGACGACCGGCACACGCUCUUGUUUUUUGUUGCUUUAUCAGAAAAUAAAACCUCGCCAUUAAACGUGA